UUUUGUGAAUGAUAGAUCCUUUCCUGAUACUGCAGUUCGCGAGCCGGAACUCGCGAGCAGUUCCCUUUCAUCGAUCCACGAGGACGGACAUACGCUAUAUACGCACCGGCCGGCCGCAUCAUGGUGAUGUUUCGCUAUUGCACCAUUCUCGGUCUGUUCGCCUCCAUUGCCGGGCUUGCGUACGGUUCUAGCGCAGGUAACAGUGAGGUCGUGUACAGGUGUGCCCCAUCGCCAUCUCUCACGUGCUUUAUAAGCUCCGUCACGUUUGAAGACGCAACGGCGAGCUUAACGCUGAAGGAUGUGGCCGACAAAAAAACGCUCAACAUUAAGGGAGGCAAAGUUCGGGCCUUACGUGCGAAACACUGUGAGGGGUUGUCCAUGUUCGAGAAGGUAAUGAUCGGCCGGGUAGGACUGGAGGAGCUGUGCUUUGCGACCAGCUUCGUGCAGGUGAGCGCGGAACACAACCGGCUCAAAACACUGCACGUGGCGCCGCCUUCCGCCGUGCACGCCGCAUACCGUGUGGAAGAGUUGCGCCUGAACGACAAUCUGCUCGAAAGUGUCGAUGCAGUGUGCAGCUUUGUCGCGCUCAAGGAGCUACAUCUGGAACGCAACUUGCUGAGCACGCUGAACAUGGGUUGCUUUGCAGAAAUGCGACAGCUUAAGAAGCUGCAUCUGGCCUACAACCGGCUAAACAUUAUCACCGCCACUAUCAGCGAGUUGCAGCUGCCGCAGCUCAGCUUCAUAGGGCUCCAGAACAACACGCUCACGGAGCUCGAUUUGCACAGCUGGUCGCUCCCCGCACUGGAGGUGCUCGAGCUUUCCUCCAACAACCUGACGAGCGUGCGGGGCCUGGCCGGGCUCGAAAUGCUGUCGGACAUUUCGCUCGCCGGCAACCGUUGGCACUGUGUCGAACUGGACCAAAUGCUAGCGGCGCUCGAUAGGAACGGUGUGUCCGUGAAGGAUGGCGACCAGAAUUGCGUCGGCAUCCGCAAUGGAACGAUUUGCUGCGCCCACGAGCAGCUGUCCUCGGAGGGUGCGCUGUUAGACGAGCUGAAGAAGCUUGGCGACCUGAAGCAGCGGUACGAUGAGGCGGAAGUCCGACUGCAGGAGGCAGUGAAGAGCGAGAUCGAGGCGUUCGAAAGCAAAAUAAACGAGCUGAAGGAAACACACGCCAAGCGAGAUGGUGGUGCGUCUGGUACUGGAAGGACGGAGAGCGACGAGGAAAAGCCAGAAGAUUCGAAGGAAGAAACACCGGAUUCGAAGGAAGCUGAAGCACACCCUGAACCGGCCCCAAGUGCAGCAAGGGAAUGUAUCUGUUCAAAGGACAGUAUGGAUGCGUUAGAGCUUAGGUUAGUCGAGCUGGAGCAGAACAUUAGCGCCAACAAUGCAACACUGCAAGCGCUGCGAGACAAUCAGGCUCAACUGUCGUACAUGGCCCUGCUGGCCAAGCACGAGUUCCGCACGGCUGUGAAGCGUGGUGAGUACAAGCUGAAGGAGCUCAGCACAAUGCUGUCCAUGCUGCGUGAGCACGUGAAACAAAAGCGGCAGCAACAUUGACAUACACGUUAAGCACAGCUCAAUAAAGCGCAUAGUAGGCAGCAUCGCGUCACUGCACACGGGCUGCUGCUGCUGAUAA